AUGAAGAAGGAAGAGGAAGGGGAAGAAGAAGGAAGAAGAAAGAAAAGGGAAGAAGAGGAAAGAAGAAGAAGGAAGAGGAGGAGGAAGAAGAAGAAGGGGAAGAAGGGGAAGAAGAAGAAGAAGGGGAAGAAGGGGAAGAAGAGGAAGAAGGGGAAGAUGAGGAAGAAGAGGAAGAAGGGGAAGAAGAGGAAGAAGGGGAAGAAGAGGAAGAAGGAUGAAGAAGGAAGAGGAAGGGGAAGAAGAAGGAAGAAGAAAGAAAAGGGAAGAAGAGGAAAGAAGAAGAAGGAAGAGGAGGAGGAAGAAGAAGAAGGGGAAGAAGGGGAAGAAGAGGAAGAAGGGGAAGAAGAGGAAGAAGGGGAAGAAGAGGAAGAAGAGGAAGAAGAGGAAGAAGAGGAAGAAGAGGAAGGGGAAGAAGAGGAAGAAGUGAAGAAGAUGAAGUAA